AUGAACGCUAUGGCUGAUAUACAUUUAAACGAUGCUUCUUCCAAAAGAUGGAAGGAAUUGCUACCACAUGCCAUCGGUAGACAAUCUGUCGAUAAAGAUCUACAUACUACCUUUGCUGAAGGUGUUGCUGAAAAAUUCCCAAAGGAGUUCCAAAAGACUCAUAUUCAAGAUCUUCUACAUUUCACUGCCAACGAAUUAGGUAGAACUGGUUACGCCAUUAAGGAUGAUGGUGAUAAGGUUGCUCAUUUGUUCUCCGGUAAGAAUGGUGCUGUUCAUGUCUUAUUCACUCCAAAGGUUGUCCCUCCAACUAUCCCAACUAAUUAA